GCGCAGCCACGAGCGUGCGCGCGCAAACGUUGCAAGGAAAAAAGUUUCCAAAUACUCUAACAAGUAGCCUGCUGGUUGUUGAGUAAUGUGUUUUUCCUGCGCCUGCGGUUAACAGCAUCACUGUACGCCGAUGAUGUUCUUAAUGUACGCGCCGAUACGUAGAACGAGGAAAAAAUUGCCGUUGUACUGAAAAUUCCGAAAUGAAUUUCGGCGUUCCAGCAAAUUCCCUCCUGUUGUUCCGUGCUUGCGAUGAGGGCGACUAUGAGAGUGCAAAAAGCAUUCUCGAGCCUGCUGGGACCGACUCAGGGAGACAGUCCAAAACACGCCUGGAUUCGGUGUCGGAGUGCAGUGUGGACAUCGUGCGGGGAGGACUGCCACUUGUACCCGUCGAUUGUACCGACGAAGAAGGGAACACCGCGUUACACUUCGCGGCUGCAAGUGGACACGAGCAUUUAGUUAGAUUCUUACUGAGAAAAGGGGCGUCUGUGGAUAGUCGGAAUAAUUAUGGCUGGACACCGCUCAUGCAGGCAGCGAGGUUUGGCCAUUUGAAUGUGUCUCACAUCUUGCUUGAGAACGGGGCAGAGAUCAAUGGCAGGAAUCGCAUGGGAGCUAGUGUACUCACUAUGGCAGCCCGUGGGGGCCACACACAUGUUGCCAAACUCCUCCUUGAGCAUGGAGCAUUUGUGGAUGACUUUGACCACCUUUCUGCAGCUGAAAGAAAUGCUAAUGGGAAUAACAGUAACCACAGUGAUAAUGGGAAGAACUUCUUGGAUAUCACAUCUUUAUUGGUUAGUGCUCAGCAGGGUCAUGAGGCUAUGGUCAGACUGCUUUUGGAGUGGGGAGCUGAUGUGAACUUUUCACAGAAGACCACAGGUUGGAGUGCACUAAUGUUAGCCACAUUGAGUGGGAAGGCUAGUAUAGCUCAGCAGCUAGUCGAGAGGGGUGCUGAUCCUGAUCAGCUUAACGUUCUGUCCAAAACAGCUUUUGAAGUGGCACUGCAUCUUAAGCAGAAAGAGGUGAAAAGUUAUCUGGAUUCCAUCACCACAGUUCGUCCACAACCAGAUGAUGAGAAGAAAAGACCUGAUGUUUUCAGUGCUCUAAAGCUAGGAAAUGCGCAACUGGUGAAGGAGAUACUAGAGGAGGAUCCAUCUCAGGUGAACAUGGCUAAUGCAGAUGGGGCAUCGCCUCUGAUGAUUGCAGCUGUGAGCGGUCUGUUGGAAGUGGUGCAGCUUCUGGUUGAGAGGAAUGCAGACAUAGACAAACAGGAUGGGGUCCAUGGCUGGACAGCUCUUAUGCAGGCAACAUAUCAUGGGAAUAAGGAUGUGGUGAAAUAUCUGCUGAGUCAGGGAGCUGAUGUAAAUCUAAGGGCAAAGAAUGGAUACACAGCCUUUGACCUAGUCAUGCUAUUAAAUGACCCAGACACUGAAUUAGUGAGACUGUUGGCUGCUGUGUGCAUGAUGGUAGAUAAAGACAAGAGUAGGCACAGAGACAAAAUCUCCACCAAGAAACACCUGUCUCCCAGUGUACUUUUACCACCAGAUGAUAAAGGAGGCCUAAAGUCCUGGUGGAAUCGCAUGUCUAAUCGCUUUCGUAGACUGAAGCUAACACACACACUAAGGCAUGGGCUCCCCCCCAAUCGUUUAGCUCCAUUUCAUGAUAACCCAGGGGUUCUGCUGGAUGCUACCAUGAAAGCAGAGAACAGAAAAGACACAAACAACUCUGAACCAAGUGGUGCAAUGGUUUCACCUUCUGGAGCACCUAUGGAUGACUUCACCAUUGCAUGGACUGAUAAGAGCAAAGAGAGUGGUCUUGGCAGAAACAGCAGUGACAAAGAUGACUUUCUCAUUACCACAAUGCUGAGAAAUGGUGCACCUCUGACUCGCUUGCCCAAUGACAAGCUUAAAGCUGUUAUCCCACCCUUCCUACCUCCAUCCAACUUUGAGCCAUGGAACUCCGACCGCUCACGGGUUUUGAAGGAGGGAGGCAAGACAAGUGAGCAGUCUCGUCUGACUAUGCCUCAGAGGCCAAGCAAAGCCAACUUCAACACCAGUGGAAACUCUGAUAUUACAUCCAUAAGUCGAGUAGUGAGCAGAUCCAUGAAGUUUCCCAGUAUCAGUAAGAUCCCAUCCUCCUCCCCCUCCAACUCGGGCAACUAUAAUUCACCUCACUCAUCAGGGGGUUCCAACGGAGUAGGAGGGGUCAAUCGCCAUACAUCAGACUUGCAUAAUCGUUCAGGAGGCAGUGCAUCUGACAGCGUACUGUCUCAAAUUGCUGCCCAAAGGAAGAGGGCCGCAGGCCUGCUUGAUGUCAAAGCACCAACUCAUGAGGCAUCAACCUCUACACCCCUGCCCACCGUGCCUGAUAGUAGCCUGCCCAGCAUUCAAAGCAACCCAAGCCUGGUGACAAGUGACUUGCAUUCCAGAUGGAAGGUUGAUCUAAAGAAGAGGCCACAGUCUGGGAAUUCUUCCACAUCUAAGAGUACAUCCCCCACCCUGACUCCAUCGCCGUCCCCAACUCCUAAACCUCUCAUUGGUGAAACCCUAUCUUCUGCUUCCUCCCAGCCAUGUUCUAAAAGUAGUGGUGGAUCCAGCAGUGGCACCAUCACUGACGAAGAUGAACUUUCAGGUAUACUAAGAAAACUUUCCCUGGAGAAAUAUCAGCCGAUCUUUGAAGAACAGGAGGUAGACAUGGAGGCCUUUUUGACUCUGACUGACAGAGAUCUGCAGGAGCUGGGGAUUAAAACAGAUGGGCCCAGACAACAGAUUCUGGCAGCCAUUUCUGAACUUAAUGCUGGAAAGGGAAGAGAAAGACAGAUACUGCAGGAAACUAUCCACAAUUUCCAGUCGUCUUUUGGGAGUAGUGCAAGUAACCAGCAUCCUACAGUUUGGCCAAGACAUCAGCUGCACACCCUUAACAAAAGGUAACACGUUUGGCCAGAUGAGGGAUUGGAGAAUGGUGCCUUCUAUGAUUCUAGAACUUCUAUUUAGUGUUUUAACUUUUUUCAAGAAACUCUGUAGUUCAGUUUCUAAUGAGCUGCUGGAAGAUCUGUCCACCACUAAGACAAAGAACAUCCUCAUUACAGCCAAGACUGAUUGCAUCAUCGUACCCAAAGCAAACGAGAAAUCUUAAAGGACCUCACACAUUAUUCUGCAUAAAUGGUCACAUCUUAGUAUAAUACAUACAAGCACAAUACAAGGCAAAUGUGAAAGGUCAUAACUGUUUAUAACUGCCUUUGGUUUGUAUUUUUCUUAUCUGAUGUGUGUUUUUUUCCAUCCAAUUCGUGUUCUCCAGCCAUUGCUAUUGUGUUCAACUAAGUUGGGAUAUGAUCAAAGAUAAUAUAUCUCAGAUGACAUAUGAGGUACAUUGAUCAGCCAUAAUAUUAAAACCACUUGCCUAAUAUUGUGUCCCCCAUGUUCCGCCAAAACAGCUCUGACCCAUCGAGGCAUGGACUCCACAAGACCUCUGAAUUUGUGCUGUGGUUUUUGGCACCAAGACUUUAGCAGCUGAUCCUUUAAAUCCUGUAAGUUGUGAGGUGGGGCCUCCAUGGAUUGGACUUGUUUGUCCAGCACAUCCCACAGAUGCUUGAUCGUAUUGAGGUCUGUGGAGUUUGUAGGCCAUGUCAACACCUUGAACUUUUCGUCAUGUUCCCCAAACCAUUCCUGAACAAUUUUUUGCAGUAUGGUAGGAUGCAUUAUCCUGCUGCAGAGGUCACUGCCAUUAGGGAAUACCAUUUCCAUGAACGGGUGUACUUGGUCUGCAACAUUGUUUAAGUAGGUGGUAUGUGUCAAAGUAACAUCCACAUGAAUGCCAGGACCCAAGGUUUCACAGCAGAACAUUGCACAGAGCAUCACACUUCCUCCACCAGCUUGCCUUCUUCCCAUAGUGCAUUCUGAUGCUAUAUCUUCCCCAGAUAAGCAUUCACUGGCCAUCUACAUGAUGUAAAAGAAGACGUGAUUCAUCAGACCAGGCCACCCUCUUCCAUUGCUCCAUGGUCCAGUUCUAAUGCUCGCGUGUCUAUUGUAGGUGCUUUCGGCGGUAGAAAGGGGUCAGCACUCUCACCAGUCUCCAGGUACGAAGCCCCAUACGCAGCAGUGCAAUGCACAGUGUAUACUUACACCUUUCUAUCAUAGCCAGCAUUAGGUUUUUCCACAAUUUGGCUACUAUAGCUGUCCUCUUGGAUCAGACCAGCCCGACUAGCCUUUGCUCCCCACGGUCUUGGGCACCCGUGACCCUGUUGCUGGUUCACUGGUUGUCCUACCUUGGACCAAUUUUGAUUGGUACUAACCACUACACUUUGUGAACUGACUGUUCACUUGCUGCCUAAUAUAUCCCACCCUUUGACAGGUGCCAUUGUAAUGAGAUAAUCAGUGUUAUUCACUUCAUUGUCAGUGGUUUUAAUGUUAUGGCUGAUGUAUAGUGUAUAAACUACAGUAUAUUUUAUUAGGAUACUACUGAAAUUCUACCAUUUCUGACUAUUUUUGGCCAAAGUGUUUUUGACCAUCUCAAGUAAAUAUGGUUAACUGAUGUUAACUGUGUAUUUUACCUAAAUUUCAAUCAUUUUAUAUAACUAUAUUCUUGUACACUGUCAAAUAACAUAAAUAUCUUCACUUAAUUUAUAGUCUGACAUUUUGCCAUCUAAAUGUGUUUUUCCAAGCUACAAAUGAAAAAUGAGCAAGCAUGUCAUCAGAUCGUUUAACCUUGCAUCUGACCAGUUUGUGGUUGUAAAGAACAUUUACCAUCAACUGGUUCAUGAGUGUUACCAUUCAACUAUUAACCAUUCACCUAACAAGUGCUGAACUGAUGAACAGUAAGAGUACUAUUUUUUUUUUUUUUUUUUUUUAAAGUUUAUUGCUUACUGUAACAUAAAUCAAAUGCUUGUGGUAGCCUUCCAUAAGCGCCUCGCAUUACUUUGCCAGACUUUUUGCUCAUUCCUCUAAACAGAACUCGUGUAACUCAAUCAGGUUUGUAGGCCUCUUUUGAUCAGGCAUGCUUGUUCAGUCCACAAAUUUUCUAUGGGACUCAGGUCAGCUCUUUGUGAUGGACACUCCAAUACUUUCACUUUUGUGUCUUUAAGCCAUUUUUUUUGUUACAACUUUAUGAUUGAGAUCAUUGUCCUAAUGGUAGAUUUAGUUGCGACAAGUUUUAACUUUCUGCCUGAUGUCUUGAGGUUUUGCUUCAGUAUUGUUAACAAAUAUUUUUUUUUAGAAGUCCACCAGUCCCUUUUCCAGCAAAAACCCCACAUGACAACGCUGACACCCCCAUGCUUCACAUUGGGAUGUUUUUUUGGAUUAAAAGCCUCAACCUUGUACCUCCAUCCAUAGCCCUUAUCAUUAUAGCCCACAGUUAAAUUUUUGUUUCAUCUCACCAGAGAACAUUCCUCCAAAAGGCUAGGACUUUGUCCUGGUGAUCACCUGCAAACUUCAGUCUGGAUUUUUAAUGUCAGUUUUGGAGUAGGGGCUACUUCCUUGCACGACAGCCUUUUGGCCAUGGCAAUGUAGGACUGUCGUUAUGGUGGAUGUCCAGUGCCCUCCACUAAUGCAGUGCCCCCCCCCCCCCCCCCCCCCCAAAUGACACAACUAACAGCAGCUGUGGCACACGCAUCACAGAAGAAGAAAGCAACAACUUGGUGAUGUCAGUGGGUUGCUGGAUUGAUGCAGUUAUUCCAAGCAAGGGAUAUGCAAUCAAUCUUAAUUGUUAUUUACUUUUACAUAUUUACUUAUUUAUCAAAAAAUUUGGGUGGUCUGCCACCAAAGGAGGGGGACUAUAUCUGUCAGUCUCUUCAAUCGGUUACAAAUGUUAGUGUUCUGUUCUCAUUUAUUCAGUUUUUGGACAAAUAUAUUAAAAUUUUAUUAUAAUGUUGCACACACAUUAUUCUGGUUGGUUGCUCUCAUGAUGCAGGGGUGUGCAGAUAAGCUCAUGCUAGUGUGCAGAGGCACCAUCAACAUGGAUAAAUGUAAAUUUAACCCAAAGCUGGAGAACAGCUAAUACUUGUUCUGCAAGACCAGUGUCCGCUAGUGACUUUGAAGCCCAAUGCAUACUAUGCCAUAAAACUUUUAAACUUUGUACAGUGGGAAUAAAUGCAGUUAAAUCGCAAAUGCAGAGUGAGAGAUAAAAUAAGAGAACCUAUGAUAUUGUAUAUAUGUAUUUAUUAAAGCAAUGUUCCAAAAUUCA